UUUUUUUUUUUUUUUUUUUUGGAGAAAGCCAUUAACAAAAACAUCUCAACACAAAUAUCUCCAUACCGCCAUGACUGUAUCCCCUGAAUCGUACUUCACCACCUUCACAGACGACGUCUCCAACAAAGACCUCUACGAAAGCGAAUGGGUACCAAAGAUCCAGGCCUACAGGAAGAAACUCGUGGCCGCAAUCCCGUCGGAGUACCGCCUCAGCAAAGACUUGGUGGCAGCUACCAAGGCCAACAAUUUCAACGCUAUCCAGUUUAUGCGCGACCAAGCGUUGUUAACCGCGCGUGAAAUCGAGCUCACCGAGUUUACCGCGGCUAAGUUAUCCAGUCUCAUUGCCAGCGGAGCGCUCACCUCGGUAGAGCUCUUCCAGGCGUUUGCCAAGCGCGCCUGCAUCGCGCACCAGCUUACCAACUGUGCGAUGGAUAUUUUCGUCCCUGAAGGUCUCGCUCGUGCGCAGGAGUUGGACAAGAUCUUUGCCGAAACAGGCAAGGUUGUGGGACCCUUCCACGGAUUGCCAGUCUCUAUCAAGGAGCAUUACGGAUACAAGGGGAAAAUCACUCACGGCGCGUAUGUCUCGUUGCUUGACAGUGUUUCCGAAGAAACCGCGGACGUGACGCAAACAAUGAUGAACCUCGGGGCUGUUUUCUUCAUCCGGACAUCGCAGCCUCAGUGCUUGAUGCACUUGGACUCGAACAACAACGUGACAGGCCUUACAAUGAAUCCGUACAACCUGGGGUUGUCACCGGGUGGCUCAUCCUCCGGGGAGGGUGCUUUGGGAGCGUUCAGGGGUUCCGUCUUUGGGAUUGGGAGUGACAUUGGAGGCUCCAUCAGAACCCCUGCUGCGUUCUCCGGAUGCAACGGUUUGAGACCCACCUCCUUGAGGGUCUCUCUUACCGGGGCCGUGGGCCCGAGCCCUGGACAGGAGUCUGUGAAGUGUGUUGUGGGUCCGUUAUCUGCGUAUAUUGAAGACUUGCAGUUUUUCAUGGAUCAUUACUUGAACGACGGAAAGCCAGCGGUCCAGGAUCCCACCUUGGUGCCGCUUCCGUGGAGAAAGACCAGUCCCGUGAGCGGACAAAAGAUCAAGGUUGGGAUUAUGUCGGAUGAUGGUAUUGUAAAGCCGCUACCACCAAUCGCCAGAGGCUUGCAGCAUGCGCGCGCGGCGUUGGAAAGAUUACCCAACGUGGAGGUUGUUGAUUUUCUCCCCAUCAAAACCCAGUUGGCCUACGAUACCGUCCACCAGAUGUACAACGCUGACGGAAAUCGCGGCCAGAAGAACUUGUUGAAGGGGUCAGGCGAACCACUCGUGGCAUUGACCAAGUGGGCGUUGGCGUAUGGUAAGGGCGAUGCCGCCCUCUCGGUGCACGAAAACCAGGACUUGAACUAUAUCCGAGAUAACUUGCGGGCGGAGUACACCAAGUUCAUGGAGGACAACGGGAUCGACUUCCUCUUGACUCCAACCUACAACAACGUGGCUCCCCUUCACGAAAAGGUGUACAACUGGUCAUACACGUCCUUGUUUAACCUCUUGGAUUUCCCAACUUUGGCGUUCCAGACCGGGUUGUUCCAAGACCCAAUACAGGAUGUGAAGGGGGAACACCAGUGUAGAGGUCCAUUGGAGGAAUUGGAGUGGGGUUUGUAUGAGCCGGAAAAGUUUGCAGGUGCCCCAAUCGCCUUGCUGUUGGCGGGGAAGCGUCACCACGACGAGCAGGUCUUGCAGUUCGGUAAGCACAUCCAGGAUGCCAUGAUGCAGUAAGCUAGCGGUUUUUGUAGAUUUGUACUAGAGAUUGAAAUUGCUGUUUUUCAAAUAGAUGCGUUCUGGUUUCGAUAAUCGACCGGCAAUUACUCUUUGGUCGUCUCGGACCAUGCUCUGACACCUGUUACUGACUAUGACCGCACUUCUUUUAUCAAUUAAGUAUAAAGAUUCAGGC